CGUCAAAUUUGACAGAUAGUUAAUUGCUUCGGAACUCGGGUUUCGACUUUGGACUUGCGGAUAUUAUCGUUUUUUUAGCCAAUUAAACAUUACAUGGUUUUGCGAUGACGCAAAAUUCGUAAAUUUGCAUUGAAUUCAUGUGAAACACAUAGUUUUAAGUGAAGAAAGCCAUGUUCAAUCCGGCAGUAACAGUUCGUCGUCUCGAUGUUUUGAUACGGAUUAUGAGCCAUCGAAAAGCAAUCUUAAGUGCGAAUCCUGUCCGAGCGUAUUCUAGCGAAGAUAAAGUGACUAUAGGAGAUGUAACUAAGGAUAUCAAAGUGCCUAAAAAGAUCGAAUAUGUGCCUAGAAAAUACUUGACAAUAGAGAGUUCCGAAAUCAAACUCCUAUCUCAAAAUACACUCCGGAACUUAAGAUGGAUGAUGCAGAAAGACUCUCUUGGGCAGGAUAUGUUCCUACUUGGCAGGCCUGGCCCAACAAGGAGGAAAAUAGCACUCCAAUACUUGGAACUGACUCAAAGAGAGCUCGAGUAUGUGGCUCUCUCACGAGACACCACAGAGGCCGACCUGAAGCAGAGAAGAGAGAUCCAAAGCUCCACCGCCAAGUACUUUGACCAGAGCGCCGUCCGCGCAGCCGUCGAGGGUCGGGUGCUGGUCAUCGAAGGCAUCGAGAAGGCGGAGCGAAACGUGCUGCCUGUCCUCAAUAACCUUCUGGAGAAUCGGGAGAUGCACCUGGAAGAUGGCAGGUUCCUGGUGCCGGCUGCUAGAUAUGACAAGCUUUUAGAGGAACAUGGCGCGGAAGAAGUGUCAAAAUGGCGGCUGGUACGCGUCGACGAGAACUUCCGCGUGAUCGCGCUAGGCUUGCCCGUGCCGCGCUACAGCGGGCAGCCGCUCGACCCGCCGCUGCGGUCCCGCUUCCAGGCCAGAGAUGUCGCUACCAUCGGGUUUGGGGAUCAUCUCAGCGUGCUCAAAGAGGAAUGUCCUCACGUAGAUUCUGUGAAGCUGGAGCAACUCCUGUCUGCUGCGUACGCGCUCAUCAGCCCUGAACUGCAGCAAGUCAGCUUGCCAGACUUCCCCAUCGACAGCUUGCAAGCCGCCGCAAGGAUACUGGAAAGAAAUCCAAGCAUUCCAGUCCACAAAUUGCUGUACCUCCUAUAUCCAUACAAUACCUUCCUGACUCGAGACCAUGCGAAGAACGUGGAAGCUGUUCUAAAGAAUUUGAACCUGGAUAUCAAGCCUAAAUGCGACACAGUAUUACGAGGUGUCGAGUACAAGGGAAAUGAGGCCUUAGUGACUAUGGAUGUUAAUGGGAUUAAGAGCCAGUUUGGUGUGCCUUGUGGUGGGAGAAGUCAGAAAGGGUUGAGAGAGAAAGGUGUGGUGAAAACAGCGUAUCAGAGUGAGUUGCUGAAUGAAUUGCUGCUGAGUCAUAGCGUUGGAGACUUUUGUAUUGUGGGUCCAAAAGGCUGCGGCAAGAGUCUGCUAGUUACACAAAUCGCAUCCUUAUUGGGCUACACAAUAGAGCCCAUAGUUCUGUACCAGGACAUGACGGCUCGAGACCUGGUGCAGCAGAGAACUACCCUGGACAACGGAGACACGGUGUGGAGGAAUUCAGCUCUUGUUGACGCGGCUUUGAAGGGCCAUAUGGCGGUGUUGGACGGAUUGCAUAGGAUACAUGCUAGUACAUUAGCCGUGUUACAUAGACUAGUCCACGACAGAGAGUUGCAACUGCACGACGGUACGAGGCUGCUCCGCCACGACAGAUACGAGGCGCUUCUGGCCUCGGGGCUCACGGCGCAAGAGCUGGACGACAGCGGCGUCAAAAUGAUACACCCUGCUUUUAGGUGA